AUGAUCAGUAAAGCUAUUAUUCUUGUCGGCGGGCCUUCUCGUGGCACACGUUUUCGUCCGCUUUCUCUUGAUUCACCAAAACCCCUGUUUCCGGUGGCCGGACAUCCAAUCAUCUGGCACCAUUUGGAAGCUGUCUCCAAGGUUGAAGAUUUAAAGGAAGUGCUAUUAAUUGGCUUCUUCGAAAACUCGGUCUUUGAAAGAUUUAUCGAAGAUGCAUCUCGAGAUUUCCCCAACAUUAUCGUCCGUCAGGAUCAACUUCAAGAUGGAAAACUUCGGUUGGAGCAGGAUUUACUUGGUUCUUUGGUUGACACCAGGAAACUUUAUGUAUACGAGACAACCGAUUUUUGGAGGCAGAUCAAGACAGCAGCUUCAGCUAUUCCGGCCAACGCGUUUUAUCUCGAGCAAUAUCGGAAAAAUAAUCCCGACCUCCUGUUGAAAAAUGAGUCCAAUGGUCCCGAGAUAGUUGGCUGUGUUUAUAAGCAUCCUACAGCGAUUAUUGAUCCUAGUGCCAAGGUUUGUGAAAGUCAUUUGAGACAAUCUUUUCGGGUUGCAUAA